AUGGAGGAAGUGGCUAAGAAACGCCCGAUAAUCGCUGGUAGAGAGAGAGGGCCGGGCCCUGGCCGCUACGCUCUGCCCCCUACAGUGGGCUACAUCAACCAUGAUGUCACUAAGCCUAGUAGCCCUGCCUACUCCUUCCACAGCCGCAUGAGUAGUGCCAUGGUGUCUGUGGACUCGAGCCCUGGACCGCGGUACCAUGUUGAUGCCAAGGUCACCCGAUUUGGCCGGGGCGAAACCCCGUCCUACUCCAUGGGGGGCAGAGGAAGGCGUACAGCGGAGCUGUUCCAGACUCCCGGGCCUGGUGCCUACAGCCCAGAGAAGGCUCCUCCUCAAAACUCUCACCGCAGGCCGCCAUGCUACACAAUCGGUGCCCGCACCCGAUACCGCUCUGUAGAUGCUGUACCAGCACCCAACAGCUACAAUCUCCCUAAUCUGCUGGGUGGCCACGUUCCCAACAAGCCCUCUAGUGCCAGCUACAGCUUCUCAGGACGGAGGAAAGUCGGGUCGCCCUCUGAGGAUCUUUCCAUGACCCCUGGACCAGGACGAUACAGAACAACCAACCCAGACAUCUACCAGCAUCGUCAGCCUUCCUUCACCAUGCAGAGCCGGACUAAGAGACCAGUUUAUGCCUCUGUCAUUCCUGGACCGGGCACCCACAGCCCAGAGAAGGUCCACCUACACCUGCCCAAGCCCCCGUCCUUCACUUUGGGUAUCAGGCACUCUGAGUUUGUCACCCCACUAGUGGUGAAUGUGAUUGACUGA